GCCGAGUUACUUUUGGGGCGCAUCCGAAAGCGAAAAGCAACUUCCGCGUCGACGGUCCGUCCCCCAUCGUCGUCCCCCGCCGCUCUCGGGCCGCAGCACAUUGGUUCCGGGUUCCUGCCGCUCGGGUCCUUCUUCCGGACACGUUAUUGUUGCAUCAGCAUCCUGCAACCCUCCAGCGCGGCGGCUAUGGCGACUUCAGCAGAGCCAGCCUUUGAGUUUGGCUUCUUGCUUGAGAUAAGUGAGGAGGCCUCGCUGGCAGCGGCCCUGAACGACUACCUGACCCCCCGCAGCUACCUGGCCGGGUUCAGCCCCUCCCAGGCCGACCAGAGAGCCUUUAGGCUCCUCCGCGGGCCCCCCCACCCGCGGCAUGUCCACGCGCUGCGCUGGUACAAGCACAUAGCCGCCCUGCAGCCGGACCUCCACCCCGAGAGCAGCAUGAAAGGGAAGCGUGUUCAGCCGCCCUGGUCUCCUCCAGCAGGGACAGAUGUUCCUUCCCUUCACCUCUACAACAGCCUGACCAGAGCCAAGGAGCCGUUUGUUCCUCAGAGGGGGAACCGGGUGACGUGGUACUGCUGCGGCCCGACGGUCUACGACGCCUCGCACAUGGGACACGCCAGAUCCUACAUAUCUUUUGAUAUUCUGCGAAGGGUACUGAAGGACUACUUUAAGUACGAUGUUCUUUACUGCAUAAACAUCACAGACAUCGACGACAAAAUCAUCAGAAGGGCCCGGCAGAACCACCUCCUGGACCAGUACAAGAAGAAACAGCCCAAAGCUGCUCAGAUACUGCAGGACGUCCUGAGCGCCAGAGAGCCCUUUAAGGCCGCCCUGGCCUCCACCACCGACCCGGAUAAGAAGCAGAUGAUGGAGAGGCUCGACGCCGCCGUCUCCGCCGCUCUGCUGCCCCUGCAGGCGGCGGCCGAGGGCAAAGCCGCUCACCAGGUCGUGCAGCCUCUGGCCGAGGUUCUGUUGGAGAACUCUAAGGAUCUGCUCUCUGAUUGGCUGGACGAGCAGUUUGGGAGUGAAGUCACAGAGAACUCCAUCUUCUCCAUCCUCCCUAGUUACUGGGAGGGGGAGUACCACAGAGACAUGGAGGCCCUGAACGUUCUUCCUCCAGACGUGCUGACUCGAGUCAGCGAAUACGUGCCGGAGAUCGUGGAGUUCGUGAGGAGGGUCGUCUCCAACGGUUACGGGUACGAGUCCAACGGCUCCGUCUACUUCGAUACCCUGAAGUUCGACGGCAGCCCGCAGCACUCGUACGCCAAGCUGGUGCCGGAGGCGGUGGGCGAUCAGAAGGCCCUGCAAGAAGGAGAAGGUGACCUCAGCAUCUCCGCCGACCGGCUCGGUGAGAAGAAGUCCUCCAAGGACUUCGCCCUGUGGAAAGCCUCCAAGCCCGGGGAGCCUUCGUGGGACUCCCCGUGGGGGAAGGGGAGGCCCGGCUGGCACAUCGAGUGCUCGGCGAUGGCCGGCUCCAUCUUGGGGGAGUCCAUGGACAUCCACGGGGGGGGGUUUGAUCUCCGGUUCCCCCAUCACGACAACGAGUUGGCUCAGUCCGAGGCUUUCUUCCAGAACGACUGCUGGGUCCGAUACUUCCUGCACACUGGACACCUGACGAUCGCAGGCUGCAAGAUGUCCAAGUCUCUGAAGAACUUCAUCACCAUUAAAGACGCCUUGGAGAAGAACACAGCUCGUCAGCUGCGUCUGGCCUUCUUGAUGCACUCCUGGAAAGACACCCUGGACUACUCCUCCAACACGAUGGAGUCGGCCGUCCAGUACGAGAAGUUCAUGAAUGAGUUCUUCCUGAAUGUCAAAGACAUCCUGCGAGCUCCGACCGACAUCACGGGUCGCUUUGAGAAGUGGGAGGGGCCAGAGAUGGAGCUCAACAACAGUUUCUACGACAGGAAGUCGGCCGUCCACGAGGCGCUGUGCGACAACGUGGACACCCGCACCGCCAUGGAGGAGAUGAGGGUGCUGGUCGGCCUUAGCAACGGCUACAUCGCCGGCAGGAAGGGCGCCAAGCUGAGGCCCAACCGCAUGCUGCUGGAGGGCAUCGCCGCGUACCUCACAGGCAUGCUGAAGGUAUUUGGGGCCAUCGAAGGAUCUGAGCCCAUCGGCUUCCCGGUGGGAGGACCGAGUCAGAACAUCGAUCUGGAGAGCACCGUGAUGCCGUACCUCAGCGUACUGUCAGAUUUCAGAGAGGGAGUCCGAAGGAUCGCCCGAGAGCAGAAAGUGACGGAGUUGCUGCAGCUGUGUGACGUCGUCCGUGACGACACGUUACCGGAGCUCGGCGUCCGACUAGAAGACCACGAAGGUCUGCCCACUGUGGUGAAACUGGUGGACAAGGAGACAUUGCUGAAGGAGAGAGAGGAGAAGAAGCAGAUGGAGGCGGAGAAGAAGAAGAAGAAGGAAGACGCCGCCAGGAGGAAACAGGAGCAGGAGAUGCUCAAACUGGCCAAGAUGAAGGUCCCUCCAGGCCAGAUGUUCCGCACAGAGACCGAAAAGUAUUCCAAGUUUGACGAAACGGGUUUCCCCACCCACGACGCUGAAGGAAAGGAGCUGAGCAAAGGACAAGCCAAGAAGCUGAGGAAGCUCUUUGAGGCUCAGGAGAAGCUGCACAACGACUUCCUGCAGAUGAACCUGAGCGGCGACUGAUCACACAACAACAACAACAACAACAGUCAAAGGGUUACAUAUGAAAUAAUUGUUUUCACUGGAUGAUUUAAGUUCUUUGAGACGUGUGUGAAGCUGUGAAACACUUUUCAUCUCGUUGUUCCUCAUCGAGCCUCCAGAGCUUCUGGUUGCCAUGACGUCCAGUUUCUCCGUUUGCUUUGAAAUGAACCGUCUGCAUCUGCACUGACAUCUUCGUCUUCAUCAUCCUCCUCAUCUGUCAGAUCAAUCAGGGUUUUUCAGUAUUCAUUUAGAUGAAUCCUGGUUUUAAUAAUCAAACACUAAGACGUUCCCUUUACAUCUUUUAUCAUCUGAACUUCCUUCACGUUCACGGUUCACAUAAAUUGUGGCUCAUUAUCCGAAUAGAAUAUUCAUGAAGUGAUGAUCAGACCAAUAAAUACAGUAAAUGUGUUUUACUGGCUUCCUCUUGGGAGUUGGAUUCUUUUGUUGAUGAAUAAAAAGUAACAAAUGAUCUUUUUUUUUCUUUAAUCUGUUUUUCAUUUGAACAAAAACUGUUACCAUGGUUACUAAUAGCCAUUACUGGUAUUUCAACAAAAGAUGUUGUUACUAUAUUUGCUGCAAUUCACAAAUAUAGAAUAAUAAGCAUGAGCGGUGCUCUUGAACAUUUUGGGUUGUUUUAGGUUGUUUUUAGAUUCACCUCAUUAUACCAGAAAGGAUCUGGGUUUGUCUUGAAGGACGUUGAUGUUCUGUUUGUUGUCUUGUGUCAUUUAAUCUGAAAAUGAAAAGGCCAAACUGGGUUUGUCUCUGAGCUCUUAACUUAAAUUUUAAAACACACAACAAGGGUGACUUCAGCCAAUGUACUUAAGAACCCUUUGAGUCAAUAAAGCUCUACAUCACUG